GAACAGUACUCGCUCUUAAACCCAAAUCGAACCCUUCAUAAACUAGUCAUUGUCUUCACCUCGCGGCGAGAAAUGUCUUCAUCGCUUGGACUGCUAAAUCGCCUCAGUGGCUGGAGAUCAUCGAUGAUAUUCAAUACUGCUCACAAUCUUACGUAUUCCAGACAAGGAGCCGCAUGUGAAGCCUUCUCUCUUUCUAGCACCUCGGGCAGAGUCUGGAAAGCUUGCUCCAUAAUUCCGAAAGACUUUAUUAGAUUGUUGAGUUAGACGACUGAAAAUCUGAGCUGCUCAUGUUCCUUUCGAGGAUUUCAUUGGAGAUUCGUGGCCGCAAGCCGUUGGGCUACUAUCGAGGUCGGAGGAUCGCUUUGUAGAGCUCGAAGUGUUUCCCCUUUGUCCUCGGCUCAAGGUCGGACGACUGAUGCCUUAUCGCCCCGCAAGGACAGAGGAGGAGAGUCUGAAUUUCCAUUUAACGAUCGACGGGAGAAUUCCUGAUCUUUCUUGUCACGGGGAUCCAUCGCCGGUGUGAGCAAAGUCGGGCAGGGAGAUCUCAGAGAUGAAUUUUGACAGCCGAAUGGCCACGAUGUCAAGCCGCAAGGAGGAGUGCGUCAGAUGGACCGAUUCCGAUCGAAACCUGGAGGAGGCGAGGGCGUCGGAAUCAAGUCGUCGGUCGAUAAUGGUCUUUGCUUGACUCACCAAGAUCGGUACAGAUUUCCGCACCACCUCUCGGUGUCAGGCGGAGUGAAGGGUUUCGAAGGGAAGAGUUGCUCAUCAGGUUGCCGAUCAACUCUCAGACGAUGGUGACGAGAAGCAGAUUCUGCAGGGCUGUAAGCAGGCAGGGGGUGUGGAGCUGGCAGAAAUUCGUGUCGUCGAGGUGGUGGUACGCGGCAGUGCUGCUGCUCUCGAUGGCCCUGCUCCAACGCACGGUCACCUGGAGCACGGCUUCUCUGCUCGGCUCGUCGCCCGACUCGAAUUUCUCGUGUGCCAACUUCUCCGAUCCCGUGACGCGAGACCGCGCCGCCCUGGCGACGCUACCGGAGGACGAGAGGUACAUGUGGUACGCGCCGCACGACGGGUUCGACGAGCAAGUUGUGCAACUCGCCACCGCUCUGAAGGUGGCCAUGCUGCUGAACCGAACGCUCGUGGUUCCGCCCAUUUUCGACGAGGGCGAAGUGGCGAUGGGCCAUUGUCUCGACUCGCACUUGACUCCCCAGGAGCUCCGACAUCUGGCCUGGUCCGCCGUGGCCGAGCGAAUUGCCGACUCCAGGUACGCGUACGUCUCGGCAGCGGACGUGAUCGAUUUGCGAUCUGUGAGCCCGUCGAAGGUGAGAACAAUCGACAUGCGCGUUUUCUUGGCGCUCUGGUGCGGCAUCGAUGUCUCAGCUGCAUGCGGCGCCGAGGCUCCGGCCUGCUCGAACUUCACGGAAGCGAUCCGGCCGUGGCAAAGUCUGCGUUCCUGCAUGGACAGGUUCGUUCCCAGAGGCCGAUCCUGCCUCGUCUACCAAGUCGACGUGAGCUGCAAAUCCACGAUCUGGACCAACUCCGAGACCGCCUCGAGUCGCGAUUUCAGGAACCAGAUGUUGGACAAUCAGAUUUUGCCGGACAGCGGCACCGCCGCCGAGCGAGACGAAAGCAGGAGCGUGGUGCAAUCGCUCGGGCCCGGCGAGUACUCGCUGCUGACUUUCGGCAGCUUGGUCGCAGACAUAAGACCUGCCCGCGGUGACGAGGUUAUGGAGCAAGCGUUCGCGGCAGUUGACGCUUUGCCGUACGCCGAGGAAAUCAUGCGCGGCACGAGAGCCAUUCUCGAGCUCUUGCAGCUCACGAGUCGCCCAUUCGUCUGCGCGCAUCUGGCCCUGGGCGACGUACGACACGCCGAGGCCUUGAGGAGUAGGCUGGAGACGCUGGUCCGGGACGGCCACAGGAGCAGGAGCAGGGGAAAGGUGAAUUUGUUCCUGGUGACAGAUCCGUUGUCAGAAAUUUGGAAUGAAAAAUAUCUGGCGGACAUCGCUGACAACGGCACCUUUUACGAAAUUCAUACCCUCGAUGGCUACCAAGACUCCUUGCUGGACACUGCCUACAAGAUGAUGGCGCACGAGUACGGCCUCCGGUCCGGGUUCGUUCCACCUCAUCGUCCUGUUGCGACCUCUGCGUCUGCGUCUGCGUCUGCGGACGAUGUUCACUCCACCUCCGGUUCGAGGAAAGUGGAGCUUCCGCCCGACAUCCGAGCUUGCGUUGAGCAAGUGAUCUGCAGCUGCGCGAGUCUGGGGUUUUUCGGCACAUCCCCUUCGCCAGUUUCUGCCAGGAUCCUCAACUUGCGCAAGGCUCGAAUGUGCCCCCUCUAGCCACCGAAGGUUGCCAAUGCACCAUCUCCUUCUGUUCUUGUGGCCAUGUGUGAUAGCGUCGCCGUUUGUCGGCAUGGAUUCGAGCAUAGUUGCCUAUCUGGGUUACAAUCAUCAAUCAUCAAUCAUCGAUGUGCACACUGGUUCCAUCCCCAUGCUUUAAUGUUCACGUAAUUUUGCUGCAAUUUGGGACAAAAUUGAUGCUCCUGCGAUCGGUUACAACUCGGCCUCCAACUCGUAGGCUUUAAGUUUCUUUAAGUUCUGGAAAGAACGCCCCAUGUUUCGAUCGCAUUUGUCAAUCGAGAUCAGGACGCAAUCCGACAUCAUUACCAAGGAUAGGCAAUCGUGGCAAGGUGAGGCUGGCAGUACGAUAUGAAUAUCGAAUCAGAAUCAGCUCCCUCUCAAGUCUUCGCCUCCGCCUCGAAUUGUGAUCAGGUACACUCUUCCGACACCACGCAAGUUCCUGGAUGCCGGAAAGUGCCGGAAAUGAGCUAGUAGCUCGUUCCUUGGAGGCAGAGAGGCGAAUGGAAAGAAUUCGCCUCUCUGCCUCGAAAGGGCUGAUGUACACUCGAUGCCUCCUUGUGUAACGGCUUCUCAUGCGAGCUAUGCAGACGACAGAGCUUCUUAGGCAUGUGAGUGAGUGAGUCUUCGAGGAAUAUGCCGAUACUCAUGAUCUGUCAAACUCUGGUUCGGCACAGCUCGAGCUCCAUGAUGGGAACUGAGAGUGUACUGAGUCAAACGCGAUGACGGGCAUGCGAGGAACACCCAACUAGAGAAUGGGAGCUACGGUGUUGUGGGAGAUGUACAUGGCCAUGGACAGUGCGGUCAUGUAAGGUUCAGUGUGCAGUGCAGAGACUCAUGGAUAUCCAUGCCUCAGACUUUAAUGGCCGACACCUGCAUUCAGAGUCAUACUUGCGGAUCAUGCCCGGUGUCCUCCCACUUGUUGAAUAGCAUGGAAUCGAAAGCCCAAGAUACUUGGAGCACCAGAACCUGCAAUUUAAAGCCUCGUCUUACGAACUUCGAAGUCCUUCUCGCACGGGACGCGAUGAGUUCGCUGCGCCGAGCUCCAUUGGCUGCCUCCACGUUGGUAACCAUUGGUCCUGUAAAGGUCGCCUUUAGCUUUCAACAUGUCGGUACUUUUAACCAGCAUUCACGGAUCGUGCAGUCCGUAGAUGUACCUCGAAAGACAUGCUUUGAAAAAGCUUUGAUGUGUUCAAUUCGAGAACGUGCACGCUGUCAGAUGCUGCUUUCGCUGGAACCUCCUCUCUCCAUACCACGGCUCACGUUAACGAACUCAACACCAUCAAGCUUUGA